AUGUCACUCGCGAAUCAACUCACACCUUUUGGGAAGCCAAUGCUCAAGCAUUGGCUAUUUGACCCCUCCUACAGAAACCUUAACCACGGCUCCUUCGGCGCCCACCCCGUUCAAGUCCGCGAUGUACAGCGUGCUCUUUUAGCUAUCGCAGAUAAGCGACCAGACCCUUAUAUCCGCGUUCAUCACUCAAAGCUCCUGCAAGAAGCGCGCGAAGAGAUUGCCGCGCUUAUCAACGCUCCAAAAGAUGAAUGUGUUUUCAUCAAGAAUGCCACUACGGGCGUAUUCACCGUCCUUUAUAACCUCAAUUUCAAGGAGGAUGAGGUUGUGAUCUAUUUUGAACCGGUAUACGGUGCUGUGGAGAUGGGUAUUGUCUCCCUGCAAGAGCAUUGUGAUUUCCAGGCUCGGAAGGUGCCGCUUGAAUUCCCGAUUACUGAGAAUGAGUUGGUGCGUCGAUUCCGCGAGGUGGUUCGUAAGGCUCGCGCCGAAGGCCUCAAAGUUCGUGCUGCACUCUUUGAUGCUGUCGUCAGUAACCCGGGCGUUCGGUUUCCGUUUGAACGGUUUGUGGGUGUUUGCCGGGAAGAGGGGAUCUUAAGUGUCAUUGAUGGCGCACACGGCGUUGGAAUGAUUCCUCUCGAUAUGAAGGAACUGCAACCGGACUUUUUCGUAUCGAACUGCCACAAAUGGCUCUACACCCCCCGAAGUGCAGCAUUGCUGUAUGUCCCCAAACGCAACCAGCACCUCAUCCGCUCCACCAUGCCAACAUCAUGGGGCUUCAUCCCAGCACCAACAUCAAUCAAAGUAGCAGACUCAGUCCUCCAAGACAAUAAUGCACCUAAAACCGAAACGCCCUUCGAAGAACUAUUCGAAUUCGUCGCCACAACGGACGACUCAGCCUAUAUCUGCAUUCCGGCGGCACUCAAAUUUCGCCGUGAAGUCUGCGGCGGCGAAGAAGCCAUCAUGUCCUACUGCCACACUCUCGCCAACGAAGCAGCCGAUCUGAUCGCCGCAACUCUCGGUACAGAUGUUCUGCAAGAACCGGACCUCAAACCGGGACAGAAGAGCAAUAUGCGUAGCUGCUGCAUGACUACCAUCCGCUUGCCGAUCCGUGUUGCGGAUGAUGGGUCUCCGGGCCAGGGGUCUUGGGUGACACUGUCGUCUAAAGAGGCGCCGCUAGCGGCUUCGUUUCUUCAACAGACGCUCAUGGCAAAGUAUGAUACUUUCGUUCCUGUUUUCCGACAUGGGGCUUCGCUUUGGACUCGCGUCAGUGCUCAGGUCUUUUUGGAAAUCAGUGAUUUCGAGUGGUUAGCUGGUAUUCUGCGUGAGCUGUGUGAGCAGGUGGCAAGAAAGAACAGGACUAGUAAACUGGCAUAG